AUGGCAACAGCGCCCGUUCCUGGCGCGGCGCAGCUGGAGCAGCAUGGGCGUGCGGGGCCCUUCCAUCGCACGGCAUGCGGAAUCUCGAGGCGGGACUGGUCAAUCUGGAGGGCAGGCCUCCACAGCUUGGAGCGCUGGGGCCCGGCAAGGUACCUGCGCCGAGACCUGGCCUCUGCAGCGACGCAGGCAGCUGCCUGGCUCCAGAAGACUCAAGAUGUCUUGAAGAGGCCUUGCGAGGAUAUGCCUUCGUUCUUGCUCCUGCAGUCCCUGCUCAAGUAUCUUCACGUCGCCAGCGAGGCGGAAGUCAGAGAAUGGCAGGAGCUCACAGGAGGGCUGAGUGGUCUCAUAGCCCUUGAGACACAGCUGAAAGAAAAAACCGUACAUGCCUUUGACAUUUUGAAGUUUGAGCUGGCGAAGUACAAGGACCGCAGUGCGAUGCGUGCCGAUCUGCUUCGUCCAUGCUUCGCGUCCAUCUCGUGCGAUGCGGUUUGGGAGAGGUUGCAAUCAGAUGCUCCGGGCACGCAGGCUUCGGUCCUCGCAAGCCUAUCUGGAUGCGCGGAGGAGGAUGCUGCAGUUUUGCUCCGCUUCGGAUGCCGCCUCUCCGAGCUUUUCGCACCAAUCGAGCUCGCAAAGCGUGUAGGGCGCCAGGAUUGGGAUUCUCGCCAGUAUUCCUUAGGAGCAGCUCUGCUGCCUCUGCUCGAUCAAGCCAUCCGGUCGCUGCAAAAAAACAGCGCUUGCGACGUUCGCGUGUCGAUUUUUGGCGGCUGCGGCCUCACAGCCGCUCUUGCCUCCCGGCUGGGCUGCAAGGUCAUCCUCGUAGAACAGCGCAGGCUCUUGCGUCAAUUCUUGGAGGUGCUCUUCAAGCACAACCGUUUGGAAAACAUCCAGUUUGCAGAGACAGCUGAUUUCGCUUCAGACAUUGUUGUUUGGGACGGCAUCGAUGAGGACGGAAUACUGGAGUUUGGUCACUGGCGUCUCCUAAGACUACACUUGGCACAGCUUCAGAAGUCACAUCGGGUGCCUCUUCUGAUCCCGGAGUCGCUUCGCAUAAACUGUGCACUGGUGGAUGAUAGCCUUCUGCGGGUCCGGGGCUGCCGGCUCGGUCGCUUUGACUGUAUGCGGGGCUACGACCUUGCCUACUCACACCGAUGGCCAGAAGGCGCCUGCCACAUUCGCCCAAGCUUGCGCUCGCCAGUGCAGCGCGUCUUCGAUCUCAGUCUCGAUCGCGAUAUCGGCGAUGCCCCUGGACGGGUGCUACGGACUCUGCUGCGGCUCCGCACGGAGCCUGGAAUGCCCGUGACGGGCGUGGCUUUCUGGGUGGAGAUUCCCGGGCUGGUGGACGCUGAGCCCUCCACACCGGAUGCGAAGAGGACGUGGCUGCGCUGCGUGCAGCCACUGCCUGCGAGGCGGGCCGACGACACAGGCCCAGUGCUGAGCCUUUGGGCCAACUGCUGCGACCUGAAGAUCUGGUUCACCUGGGCGGAAGGCGGUUUGGGCUCCUCGCCUCUUCUGCCGCCACUUGGAAGAAGCAAGCUGCCGCCCUGGCACUACAAGAUGCUCAAUGACCACGAACGCAAUCGCAAGUACCACGCCGCAAUCGCUCGCGGAGCAGCCAGGGCAAGUGCACGCCGGCAGGCCGCCGGGCUCGCGGGAAGGCCAAAGGUCCUAGACUGCGGUUGCGGGGCUGGGCUGCUGUCCUUGCUGGCUGCCCGUCACGGCUGUGACGUUUCGGCGGUGGAGCUAUCGCCCUUGAUCUCCGAUGUGACGCUUGAGACUUUCAAAGAUGCCAGCCAUGACUCUGAUGCAUCCCUAAUGCUUCACACCGCGGACGUGAGAAGCCUGACGCCCGAAGCUCUGGAAAGCAGUCAAGGUAGUCAAGGUCGUCCGGGCCACGACCUGAUAGUGAGCGAGCUAAUGGACGCAUCGGGUGUGGGCGAGUCCCUCCUCAGCGUAUUGGAGCAUGCCUGUCGCCUUGCAGCUCCAGGAGCGCAGGUCGUGCCCUGUUCACUGCGAUUGACCGUGGGGCUGGGCUGGCUGACGCUGCCGAACUGCCACGAUGGCUUCGACUUCUCUCCUUUGGACGCUGCUUCUUUUUGCUCGCUAAAAGGAGGGUCCUUCUCGCAACAGCCGCUGCCAGCCUUCUUGGAGACUGGGGCUUCUGGACCGUUGGAUGCCAGUUCCUUGCCCUCUUUCCACGGUAAAGGGCCCUUCACUUCGCGCAACUUGAACCGCUUGCGCAGGGGCCAGCUCUGGGAUUUGCUGACGCCCGAGGCUCGUCUGCUGGAAGUGGACAUCCGCCAGGCGUUGUGCGGCCAGUCCCUGCACCCUUGCGAGGGGGAGGUCGAGUUGACAGUGUUGCGUGAGGGCGUUGCCAAUUGCAUCGUGUGGUGGUGGGAAGCUCAGCUGGACGAGCACGAGUCUAUCUCGAACAAGCCCCAAAGUCUGGGCAACGGCUAUGCGACCCACUGGCAUCAACCCCUUUGUCCCAUCGGGCCUAUCCCAUUGGCAGCUGGCGACCGGCUGAAGCUGAAAGUUGCAAUUGCCGAUGCUGCAGGGCAGAAGAUGAAGUUCACGUUGCAGCCGUCCGGAUCGACCGCUGCACUGUAUUGGCGGGAGGGGGCUGGUGCAAAGCUGCCGCCCGACCCCCUGGAAGCCCUGAUUCAGGGAUGGCAUGCAGAGAUGGAGGAAGCCUGCGCUGCAAACUCACGCCUCACUGCCAAGUUCACCGGCAGGGGCGACCUGGCCGGCCUUGCAAAACUGCAGACUGCCGUGCUGGUGUUGGUUCUCAUGCCACAAGCCUUUGGCUGCGACCCCUUCAUCCGCGAUAGGUUGCUUCAGACAUACUUUGGCAUAGCUUACAAGUAG